AUGGCCAAGCUCGAACCUUACGCCGGCGACUACUACCUGUGGGAAUACAUCCCCUCGCUGCCUGCAUCGGUCAUCUUCCUUAUUCUCUUCCUCGGUGCAACGGCCUUCCACAGCUGGAAAGCAUGGUCAACACGAGCCCGCUUCUGCAUCCCCUUCUGCAUCGGAGGUUUAUUCGAAAUCAUAGGCUACGGUGGACGCGCAGGCUGCACCAAUAAAACCGGCGAGCUCAUUCCCUACAUCAUCCAGAGCGUCUUCAUCCUCCUCGGCCCUGUCCUCUUCGCGGCGUCUAUCUACAUGUUCCUUGCGCGCCUUAUGUGCGCCGUCGGUGGUGAAAAGCACUCCCUCAUUCGAGUCCGCUGGCUCACGAAGGUCUUUGUCUCCGGCGAUAUUGUUUCUUUUAUCGUCCAGGGCAGCGGCGCAGGCAUGAUGGCCAUGGACGGGAUGGCGGAUUCCGCAAAGGGCAUUGUGAUUGGUGGUUUGAUGGUCCAGAUUAUCGUGUUUGGACUCUUCAUUAUCACGUCUGUUGUGUUUGAGAUGCGAAUGAAGUCUGCAGGUGGAUCUGAGUAUGGGCAGGGGGCGUGGCAGGAACAUCUGUAUCCGCUUUAUGCGGUCAGUGCGCUGAUCAUGGUGCGUUCGGUCUUCCGUGUGAUUGAGUAUGCGAUGGGACAGAAGGGGUAUCUGCUGAGCCAUGAGUGGACUAUGUAUGUGUUUGAUUCCGUGCUUAUGCUUGGUGUCAUGGCUAUCUGGGGCUGGUGGCAUCCAGGGACGAUCAGGAGAGAGCGCCAUGGGUCUCAGCUGCUCAGUAUGGGGAGUUCCCAGAGUAAGGCUUGA